UCUUGUUGGGAACUAUCGUCUUUAUCAUUAUUUAUUUUACACACUGUGCGCUAUUAACACGAAAUGCUGUGUUAAAGAAGAUUGAUUAAGGCUUCGAAUAAUGCCAUGACUUGCCACACAAAGUUAAAGGCACCGCCUCCCACCAGGACUGUGGUGGUGGAGGAAGAUUCUCUAUCGAUGACACUUUUUCAGGAGUUGUGAGUCGAUUCAUUUAAACUUCGUUAAGGUUUCAACUGACCAGUGAGAUGUUCUCUUAAGUUUCCAUCUUGCCCAAGGCCUCCAUUACUGACACACACCAUGGCAUCCAAUAUCAUUGUGGAACAACAAUUUUCUCACAAAUUCACUGUGACUGUUGUCCGAGCUGAGAGCGUCACCAAGGGAGCACUGGGAGACUUGUUGGACACACCAGAUCCGUACGUGGAGCUUUACAUCCCGACAGCCCCAGAGUGCAGGAAGAAGACCAGACACAUAGACAACAACAUCAAUCCAAAAUGGGACGAAACCUUUCACUUCAUACUAGACCCCAACCUGCAGAACGUCUUAAAGAUAACGUUAAUGGACGCCAAUUAUGUGAUGGACGAGACUCUUGGGACCACUUCCUUUGACAUCGCCAAGCUCAAAGUGGGCCAGAAAGGGAUGAAGACCUUCCUUAUUGGCAAAGCAACCAAGGUCUACUUAGAGAUGUUUCUGGAGAUCUGUACCAAAUUGGAUCUACGAUUCAGCCUGGCUCUGUGUGACAACGAAAAGCAGUUCCGGCAGACCCGCCGAGAACGAGUGAUGCUGGGAAUCAAGAAGUUGCUUGACAUGGAAAAGCCGCGUUUCCUUCCUAGCUCACCAGAAGAGGUACCAGUGAUCGCCAUCUCGGGUUCAGGAGGUGGCUUUCGUGCCAUGGUCGGCUAUUCGGGUGUGAUGAAAGCCCUCUUUGAGUCUGGAGUCCUGGAUUGUGCAACCUAUAUUGCUGGUCUCUCUGGAUCCACCUGGUACAUGUCCACUCUGUACUCCCACCCUGAGUUUCCAAAUAAGGGCCCAAAAGAGAUCAACAAGGAGCUCAUGAACCGAGUCAGCAGUAAUCCAUUGAGGCUGUUGCUGCCACAACAUAUAACCAACUACAUCCAGGCUCUGUGGACCAAGAAGGCCUUGGGACAGCCUGUUACCUUCACCGAUAUAUUUGGUAUGCUCAUAGGAGAGACGCUUGUACCUUCGAGGAUGGACACCAAGCUGAGUGACAUCAAGGAGAAAAUCAGUCAGGCCCAAUGUCCUCUUCCUCUCUUCACUUGUCUGCAUGUCAAGCCAGAUGUUUCGGAGCUCAUGUUUGCAGACUGGGUGGAGUUCAGCCCUUAUGAAAUUGGAAUGGCAAAGUACGGCACUUUCAUGACGCCUGACUUGUUUGGAAGCAAGUUCUUCAUGGGGACUGUCGUCAAGAAAUAUGAGGAAAACCCUCUUCACUUUUUAAUGGGUGUGUGGGGAAGCGCCUUCUCUAUUCUUUUUAACCGAGUGCUGGGGGUCAAAGACACAGCUGGAGGCUGCACUAUGGAGGAAGAGUUAGAGCAGAUUAAACCACAGCACAUUGUUGGAGAAGACAGUAUGGACAACGAGGAUGAACCCCGCAAAGCCGGCACAGAGAACCAAGAGGCAGAGGACGAGUAUCAUCGCACUGCUCAGGCCAGCUGGGUACAAAGGAUGUUCACAUCGCUCUUCAGCGACUCAGCCUUGUUUAACACCAGAGAGGGCCGUGCUGGCAAGGUGCAUAACUUCAUGUUGGGCCUGAACCUGAACACCAGCAUGCCUUUCUCUCCUGUCAGUGGGGUCAUCUGCCAUGCAGUUACACCAGAGGAGGAGGUAGACGCUGUCACAGACCCUGAUGAGUUUGACCGCAUCUAUGAACCUCUGGAUGUGAAGAGCAAGAAGAUCCAUGUGGUGGACAGCGGCCUCACCUACAACCUCCCCUACCCUCUCCUCUUGCGGCCCCAACGCACCGUCGACCUCAUCAUCUCCUUUGAUUUCUCUGCACGACCCAGUGACUCCAGCCCGCCAUUCAAGGAGCUCCUGUUGGCGGAAAAAUGGGCUCGUAUGAACAAGCUUCCAUUCCCCAAAAUUGAUCCGAAAGUCUUCGACCGAGAGGGCCUGAAGGAAUGCUACGUGUUCAAACCCAAAAAAGGCGAAAAGAACUGCCCAACUGUCAUCCACUUUGUUCUGGUCAACAUCAACUUCAGGGAGUUUAAAGCGCCUGGUGUUCCAAGAGAGACAGAGAAGGACAAAGAGUUUGCAGACUUCGACAUCUUUGACGACCCCGAGUCUCCAUUCUCCACCUUCAACUUCCAGUACUCCAACGAGGCGUUCACUCGACUCCAUGACCUCAUGGAAUUCAACACCCUCAACAACUUGGAGGUGAUUAAAGAGGCCAUCAAAGAUCGCAUCGUGUUACGGAAAGAGAACCCUUCCUCCCUCACUUUGCCCUUCUCCCUCAGCGAGAUCCCCAAGAAGAGGUUUCUCAAAAGGAAUCCUCACCUUAAACCCUGGAAUCACCAUGGCAACAAUGACCAGUAGUCGCCUGCUUUUGAAUGGAAACUUUCGGCAUUAUCUUUUUGGAAAUGAUCAGAUGUGUCUGUUUCAUCACAUUAGAUAAAAAGUGAUUUUGUAGUCUCAGAAACUGACAUUUGUUUUUGCACAAAAUGGGGAAAAAGUGUUUUUGUUGCCACUGUUUUGUGGAUCAGCUGAUGUUGGGUUUCCCUCUGGCUGAGAGAUAUAUUGAUACUGCUUUUGUUCUACUCUUGAAGUUAAAAGUUAAAGUACCACUGAUAGUCACACACACACUAGGUGUGGUGAAAUUACCCUCUGCAUUUGACCCAUCCCCUUAUUCCACCCCCUGGGAGGUGAGGGGAGCAGUGAGCAGCAGCGGUGGCCGCGCUCGGGAAUCAUUUUGGUGAUUUAACCCCCAAGUCCAACCUUUGAUGCUGAGUGCCAGGUAAUGGGCCCCAUUUUUAUAGUCUUUGGUAUGACUCGGGCGAGGUUUGAACUCACGACCUUAAAGAAAGAUAUGUGCUCUUUCAUCCUCCAUCUUUGCAGCACUUGAAUCAGUGUCCUGACUCAAGUAUUUUUGCGACCAUUCUCAUUAUGCACUCAGCUGUAUUCAACACGCCAUACCUUAGUUUGCGGAUAAGAAUUUUUGUUGUUACCCACCUGAGUGACAUCAUGCAUUUGUUGGAUUAGUAACAAGAUUGCCGAUUGCUAGCCGUCAUUCUAUUGCAGAAAACAUUUUUUUUCCAUUAUUGACCCACCUGAGUGACACACCUAAACAUCUUUAGUGACUUCAUGCAUGUGUUUGAUAGUCACCUAGUAACUACAGUAGUACCUAGUAAACACGGCGAUUGCUACCCCUCAAACAUUUCAAUGUUGUUUAAUCACCCACAGGGAGGGAGCGCCUCACAUCUAAGCGGCCAUUGUGCAAAAACAACACCUGAUACCAUAGAAACGCCCGCGCCGCUUUUUGCUCUCUAACACGGGGAUUAAAGGGUGUGUUUAUUCUCCCGGCCGUGUUGUUUCAGGCUACUUUUUCAGUUCGAGGCCAUUUCCUCGUCUUCCCCUCAAAAAGUGACGCUAUGAUUAGACAAAUUGAGGACAUCAUAAAACUCUGGCUCUCGCUUAGUGGAAUUUUACACACUACACCUACACCUCCAGCACUGCAGGCCUGGAAUCUGACACUUUACACCUCCACCUGCAGGCUGCACACGCCGCAGUGGAAUUUUACACUCAAACGCUUCGGACCGCUCUUCUCCUCAUGUUUCUGGGCAGGAAGACAUCCAGAAAGCCACAAAAAUGUGUUGCAGUACAAAGACACUUUAACAAAAAUGUGAUGGUUUUUUUUGUUUUAUUUAGCUGAUGACUUGUGUCUGUUGUUACACCUUCCCUGUAGUUUGAUCCUGUUGUAUCGUUUUUAGAAGAUAUGCUGAGUCAAGAGUUUCAUGGCCAAUUGAGAUUUUAUCACAAGCAAACUUAUUUUUCAUGAACAUACUGUAUAUUAUACAUACACAAAUAUACACACACAUACAC